AUGUCGCGUGAGAUCUACCCCAGAUACCCUCCGGAUCUCAACGAGGAACAGCUUCAAUACUUGAUUACUAAUGUCAAAGAUUGGUCCAUUGCAAAUGGUCUGGCCGUAAGACCGGUGCCAUCUUGGGUUUCGAAAGAACAGGAUCCGGUCGGCUCGCUAGCAGUCACCGCUCCUGUUACCCUCUUCCCUAGUUUGUUCCCUAGAAACUGCUUCGAACAAGGUCUUGGCAUCCAAACAGCAUACAAUGAGCUCUAUGCUGCUAUUGCAAGCAACGAGACUUGGCUUAAGCAGAUUGUUGAGGAACUCGUCGAGGUAGAUGAUUUCAUCGCUGAACUGUGGAGGGUUCACCAAGCUGUGAAGAAGGAUGGAUACGUUCAGGGUAUCACCCUUGGCCUCUUCCGUUCUGAUUACAUGGUACAUCUUGACCCGGCUGACUCUGCUGCCAAACCUACUAUCAAGCAAGUAGAAUUCAACACCAUCGCUUCAUCCUUCGGAGGACUCUCUACACAGGUCUCAAAGCUACACAACUAUCUUCUGUCUGUAGACGCCUAUCCUGAAGAGACCCAAUCAACCAUCAAGACUUCUUCUCUCCCGCCAAGCACAUCAGUCCCAUCGCUGGCCGGAGGUCUGGCUGCUGGUCAUCAGGCUUAUGGUGAAUCAAGAAGCGGCUCUCCUCUUUGCAUCAUAUUCCUUGUUCAGGACCCGGAACGCAACGUCUUCGAUCAGAGACAUUUGGAAUACACUCUCUUCAACGAGCACCAAGUUAGAGCUUUCCGUGUGCCCUUCAACAGAAUCAUGUCUCACACCAGGCUUGACGAGAAGCGGACUUUGCUCUACACUCCUCCUCACGUCCCCAACAAGACGUGGGAGGUCUCACUGGUUUACUUCCGCGCUGGCUACUCUCCUGAUGACUAUUCCGGAAAAGCUGAUUGGGACGCUCGCCUCCAUAUCGAGCGUAGUGCGGCUGUCAAAUGUCCUAGCAUUCUGACCCAUUUGGCCGGCUCGAAGAAGGUCCAACAAGUUCUCGCGACCCCCAACUCGCCUCAUCUUGCCCGCUUCCUUCCGGACAAGAACAAGGCUGCCGAGGUCCUCAAGACGUUUGCACCAAUCUAUCCUCUCGACAAGAGCGAAGCAGGUCAAGAAGCUUGCAAGCUUGCUCAGAAUGCAGAAAGUGCCACCCGCUAUGUUCUCAAGCCUCAGCGUGAAGGCGGCGGCAACAAUGUUUACCGCAAAGCCAUUCCCAAAUUCCUGAAAGAGACUCCUGAGUCGCACUGGCCUGCUUACAUUCUGAUGGAGAUGAUCGAGCCACCAGCACUGACCAACACCAUUUUCCGCAACGGAGAGGUCCAAAAGGGCGGCGUUAUCGGAGAAUUGGGUGUAUAUGGUGUUUGCUUGUGGAAGACGAAGAGUGGCGAGGAUGGUGUGCAAGAGAUGCUCGAGAACAGACAGGCUGGCUAUCUGCUCAGAACCAAGGGUGACCAGAGCGAGGAGGGUGGUGUAGCAGCCGGCUUUGGCUCUGUUGACAGUGUCUGUCUAGUAGAUGUCUGA